UACACAUGCACUGAUGCCAAGUUUAAUGUUAAACCUUUUUCCUACCUUACAGGCAUACAUUAUUGUGCAACAAGUUGCCUGUAAGAACAACAUAUAUUUUGAAAAUAAAUUAAUGCAAUAUACAGACUAGGGUUGUCAACCUUCCAGGAUUGUCCUGGAAUCUCGAGGAAUUAAAGAUUAAUCGUUAAUUAAAGAUUAUGCCAAGUGAUGAAACCUCCAGGAAUACGUCCAACCAAAACUGGCAACCCUAAUACAGAUCUCUCAUAAGCCUUGUUAGACUUAGAAGUUGAUACAGUUUGGGGUUUUUUUUACUUGCUUGUGAAUAUUUAUUGAAAUAUUCUGUAGGAAAUGUUUAAAAGAAAUCAAAGGUACAUGCGUAAGCAUCUGAAGGACUUAGAAACUUGUCAGGUCAUUUUGAACCUCGUGAUAUAUAAUCGGAUUUUUUGUACAUGUUUCACAGGACAAAAUGCUGCACACCCAGAAGUGGUUACCAAAUACGGGAAACUCCGAGGGCACCAAAUCAAAGUUGAUGGAGCUGAGGCACAUGUAGAUGUUUUCCUGGGAAUUCCUUUUGCAAAGCCACCUAUUGGACCUUUGAGAUUUUCCCCACCGGAGCCAGCUGAGCCAUGGAAGGGUCUCAGAGAUGCAACUUCCUACCCACCCAUGUGCCUACAGGAUCCAGUGGCUGGACAGCAUCUAUCGGAUACAUUUACUAACAGAAAAGAAAAACUUCCUUUCCAAGUUUCCGAAGACUGUUUGUUCCUAAAUGUGUACACACCUGCGAGCGCAGACAAGGACAAGUUACCUGUCAUGGUAUGGAUCCAUGGAGGUGGACUAGUGAUUGGUGCAGCUUCAACAUAUGAUGGGUCAGCACUAUCAGCCUUUGAAAACGUGGUGGUUGUAACCAUUCAAUACAGACUAGGGAUCUUUGGAUAUUUUAGUUCUGGUGAUGAACAUGCCCGUGGAAACUGGGGUUAUUUGGAUCAAGUGGCAGCUCUCCAGUGGAUUCAAGAAAAUAUUGAACAUUUUGGAGGAAAUCCAGGAUCUGUCACUAUAUUUGGAGAGUCUGCUGGAGGAAUCAGCGUUUCUGCCCUUGUCUUAUCUCCUCUGGCAAAGGGCUUGUUUCAUAAGGCCAUCUCAGAGAGUGGAGUUACAAUCCGGGUUUUGUUUACUGCUCAUCCUGAAGCACAAGUUAAUAAAAUUGCUAGGGUAUCUGGCUGUCAAUCACCCAGCUCUGCUGCAAUGGUUCAUUGUCUGAGGGAAAAGACAGAGGAAGAGAUGAUGGAAAUAACGCUGCAGAUGGAAUUCACAACCAUACAGUUGAAUGCUACAUCAUCUGGAGACUCUGAAACGUCACUAUUUAGCUCUGCAGUUUUGGAUGGUGUAUUUUUUCCUAAGAGCCCUGAGGAACUACUGGCUGAAAAAGCAAUCAAUGCAGUCCCAUAUAUAAUAGGAUUAAAUAACCAUGAAUUUGGAUGGCUACUUCCUAAUAUGUUGAAAUAUCCUGCUUUCACUGAAGGGUUGGACAAAGAAACAGUAACCUCACUGCUACUGAGCUCAGAGUUCUUUACACAUGUUCCUGCUGAGUUCACUCAUCUAUUAUCUAAUGAAUAUCUAAGCAAUAUAGAGGAGCCUACCCAGCUACGAGAUAGGCUUUUUGAAUUGAUGGGAGAUGCACUGUUUGUUGUUCCAGUCAUUCAAACAGCUAGAUAUCACAGAGAUUCUGGCAACCCAGUCUACGUUUAUGAGUUUCAUCAUCGACGGUAUGAAGGUGUUAGACCAGACUUUGUAAAAGCGGAUCAUGGCGACGAAAUUGGCUAUGUUUUUGGAAAGCCCUUCUUAGCUGGUGAUGCUGCAGAAGAAGAGGGUAAACUCAGCAGAACAAUUAUGAAAUACUGGGCUAAUUUUGCUCGAAAAGGAAAUCCUAAUGAUGAAGGUUUGGUGACAUGGCCAGCGUAUAAUCUGGAUGAACAAUACCUUAUAAUAGACUUCAAGCAGAAAGCAGCAAAGAAAUUGAAAGAGAACAGAGUGGAGUUCUGGACAAAGACCCUGCCUAAAAAGAUGGCUGAAGGAAAGAGAGAGCGCAAAGAGUUAUAAAGUCUGAGAAGCAUAUGGGUUGCUUUUACUACAGUGAAAUAAUACAAGAUUAUGUCAUCUGAAUGGGAGACAUUUAAUACUCAUUUUGUAAUUCAUUAUAAUGUAGUUUAGUUUUAUGUAUGAGGCGUUAGAGAAGAACCUGAGCAAAACUGAGUCCCAGGAGGAACUGAGCUGCUCUGUUGCAAACCAGGCAGAAAACAGGCUGACCACUCAGUCUUAAGCAGAGUC